AUGACUCCACCAAAUUUCCAAGUCUCAUCUACCAUUGCUCGUGAAUACGAAUCAGAAUAUUCCGCUCACAAUUAUCAUCCAUUACCAGUAGUAUUCUCCCGUGCUCAAGGUGCUCAUGUUUGGGAUCCAGAAGGUAAAGAAUAUUUAGAUUUCCUUUCUGCUUAUUCCGCCGUUAAUCAAGGUCAUUGUCAUCCAAAAAUCGUCGAAGCAUUAGUUGAUCAAGCAUCAAAAUUAACCUUAUGUUCUCGUGCUUUUUCAAGUGAUGUCUUUGGUGUAUAUGCUAAAUAUAUUACUGAAUAUUUCGGUUAUGAAAUGGUUUUACCUAUGAAUACUGGUGCUGAAGCUGUUGAAACUGGAUUAAAACUUGCUAGAAGAUGGGGAUAUGUCAAAAAGGGGAUCAAAGCUGAUGAAGCUAUUAUUUUAUCGGCAGUUAAUAAUUUCCAUGGAAGAACUUUGGGGGUUAUUUCUAUGUCUACUGAUGAAGAUGCCACUGCUAAUUUUGGUCCUUAUUUGAAAGGGGUUGGUCCCAAGAUUCCUGGAACUGAAAAUCAAUAUAUUAGAUAUGGUGUGAUUGAAGAUAUUGAAUUAGCUUUAAAGAAUGCUGGUGAUAAGAUUGCUGCUAUUUUAUUGGAACCAAUUCAAGGAGAAGCUGGUAUUGUUGUCCCACCUGAAGAUUAUUUACCUCGUGUUCAAGAAUUAUGUAAACAAUAUAAUGUUUUAUUAAUUUGUGAUGAAAUUCAAACUGGGAUUGGUAGAACUGGUAGAAUGUUAUGUUAUGAACAUUCCAAAGGUGUUAAACCAGAUAUUAUCUUAUUAGGUAAAGCUAUUUCUGGUGGUAUUUUACCAGUUUCUGCUGUUUUAUCUUCAAAAGAAAUUAUGUUAACUUUAUCACCAGGAUCUCAUGGUUCAACAUAUGGUGGUAAUCCAUUAGCUUGUAGAGUUGCAAUUGCUGCAUUGGAUGUUGUUAAGGAUGAAACUUUAGUUGAAAGAGCUGAAGAAUUAGGUGGAUUAUUAAGAUCUAAAUUAGGAGAAUUAAAAGCCCAAUCUGAUGGUAUUAUUUCUGAAGUUAGAGGUAAAGGGUUAUUGUGUGCAAUUGUUAUUGAUGAUACCAAGACCAACGGUAGAACUGCAUGGGAUUUAUGUUUAAUUAUGAAGGAAUUGGGUGUAUUGGCUAAACCAACUCAUGAUAAUAUUAUUAGAUUAGCUCCACCUUUAGUCAUUUCUGAAGAAGAUUUAUUAAAGGGUGUUGAUGCUAUUAAGACGGCAUUGGAAAGAUUACCAAAUGCUCCAAAAGCUGAUCAUUAA